AUGUGUCCUGCUAGUCCUACUCUCUCUCCUUCCAACUUGGUGAGUUUGACACUAAUUCGGCCACCUCCGCGACCAAGUCAGGCCACCUCUGGACUGUUUUUGACAUCCAAUCCCGCAAUCCGCACAGCCCCAGUGGGGUGUACCACCAUCUACCUUGGGUCCUGGCCCUGGUCCAAGCUGGAUGUCUACUGUGACAUGGAGACUGAUGGGGGAGGCUGGACAUUGUUCCAGAGAAGGAUGGAUGGCACUUUGAACUUCUACAGAACCUGGGAUCACUACAAGAAGGGCUUUGGGAAUAAAGAUGGAGAGCACUGGCUGGGCCUGGACAACAUUCACCUGCUGACCAAGGAAGGGAAUUAUGAGCUGAGGGUGGACAUGGAGGACUGGGAGGGGAGAAAGGUGUACGCUCAGUACACGUCCUUCUCUGUGGACCCCGAGAGUUUAGGAUACACACUGCACCUGGGCGGCUUCAUCGAUGGAGGAGCAGGCAAUAGCAUGGAUGGGCAUGCUGGAAUGAAGUUCAGCACUUUUGACAAAGACCAGGAUGUAUAUAGUUGUGGCAAUUGUGCUAAACUGUAUCUUGGGGCCUUCUGGUAUGGUGCCUGUCAUUAUGCCAACCCCAAUGGGGUGUACAGGUGGGAGGCUGAUACCUCACCUUUUGCUGUUGGUGUUGAGUGGUACCAUUUUAAAGGUUACAAUUACUCCCUGAAGACCAUCAGCAUGAAGAUCAGACGUCUAGUGUACUAGUGACCCUCAGAAAAGUACAUUUUAAAAACAAUAGUCAACCUCACAACAUUGGUUAAAUACAUUUGAAGAUUGAGCUCCCCAUCAGGCCUUAAGCAACAGCAGACCAGCAGAAUACCUAUGCUGUGUUUUGUCUGUCAUGUCAUGUCGUGUUAAAUCUUCAUUAAAAUGUAUUUUCUGCAUUCA